GGGGCCGGGGCGUCCCCCCGCCUUUGGACGGGAGGGGCUCUGCCUUCCUGCGGAGCCGAGAAGAAGGGGCCGAGCCACCCUGCUCCCCGCCCCGGAGGGGUGAGAGCCGUCCUGCUCGGCGCCGAGGGCUUGGCGGGACAGGGUGCCCGGGCCGUCCCCUCGCUGCGGCCGCCGUCUAUGAGGCACUAGCGAGCCUCCCUCCAGCGCCGGGCGGCGACACAGCCCCGGCGGGCAGGGCCAGGCCGGGGGGGGCGUGCGGCGGGUGGCACCCCCCCUUCUCUCUUCCUCCUCCUCCUCCUCUUCCUCCUCCUCCUCCUCUUAACUUGGCCACGGCGGCGCGGGGCGGUGCGCUUCGCCCUGCGCCGGCGGCGGGGGAUGUGCGGGCGGCGGCGGGAUGGCUUCGGCCGUGUUUGAGGGCACCUCGCUGGUGAACAUGUAUGUGCGGGGCUGCUGGGUGAACGGCAUCCGGCGGCUCAUCAUCAGCCGGCGGGGCGACGAGGAGGAGUUCUACGAGAUCCGCACCGAGUGGUCGGACCGCAACAUCCUCUACCUGCACCGCAGCUACUCCGACCUCGGCCGCCUCUUCAAGCGGCUCCUCGACUCCUUCCCCGAGGACCGGCCCGAGCUGUCCCGCUCCCCCUUGCUCCAAGGGCUCAUCACAAUAAAAGAAGCCCAUGAUAUAGAAGCCAGACUUAAUGAAGUGGAAAAGCUUCUGAAGACUAUUAUAAACAUGCCCUGGAAGUAUUCAAGGUCUGAAGUUGUCCUCACAUUCUUUGAGAGAUCUCCCUUGGACCAAGUUCUAAAAAAUGACAAUGUCCAUAAAAUUCAGCCAAGCUUUCAAAGUCCAGUUAAAAUAUCAGAAAUCAUGCGAUCAAACGGAUUCUGUUUAGCCAACACUGAAACAAUAGUAAUUGACCACAGUAUACCUAAUGGAAAAGAGAAGCACCUGGAUGUAGAUUCAGCAGAACAUUUGUUCGAAAGUGUUAGUGACUUUACCUCAGAGCUGGAAGACAGUGAUGAUCCAACAGCUUAUGUCACCAAUUUGACAUACUACCACCUGGUCCCGUUUGAGACUGAUAUUCUGGACUGAGGCUGCUCAGGAGUGCAGUCAGCCAGCAUCCAGCCAACCUCUUCAUCCAUAGGUUCUGCUAUCUCUGGCAUUGCAUCUCUGUGAAUAAGGCUGUGCAGAUAAGACCAACAGCAGGGAAGCUGCAGCAAGAGCACCACAAAGCUGGUUUUGUAAGUGUGGUCCUCCUUUGUGUGUUGUGGAGACAUCUUGUAAGGAGGAACCUGCUUUGCUGCUGACAACAAACUCAGUUUCUGUGAAAGCAAGGCAGCAGAGGCUUCCUGGGGAUCAAGGAAAUCUCUGCGAUGUCUGUGGGAAUUGCCGCCCUGAUGCAGCUGUCAGAAACUUGUGCUGAAGCAGGCACAAGUCACUCGUGCUCCUUGAGGUGCAAGCUGAGUUCCCCUUUUAGGAUACCACCAGAAACUUCCUCAGAUGGCGUGACCACGAUUUUUAUGCUUUGUAAGCAAGAAGAGAAGCAAACCAGCUGAACUUUGUCAGUUCCCUCUGCAGUUGCUUAAUGGAGGUCUCGUGGGUCGCUUUUUGCUCAGCUACCGGAUGAUUGGUGCCUUACACGAGAUGUCAGAAAUACCAUUGAGUGCCUCCAGGACACAGAACACACGAGCUGACAGCUUUACUUCUUUUAAUCACGGGCUUUUGUAUAAUCACUGGAAGGGCAACUGCUCUUUCCUGGAAUAGUAAAGCAGACAGCAACUGGCAUUGCAAUGAGCUGUGCAUGAUGUUUGGGUACCUGGAUGAUUUCGGAAGUCUGGAAAGCCGAUGGGAAAGCUGAGCUGCUCCACUAAGAAGGGUCAAGGCUACAGCAGGCACUUUCAUAAUAUUUUUUCUUUUUAUGUGGACCAGCAUAUGUGAAUGGUGCUUACAGAUGUUUACAUCAGAGAGAUAAUUCCCUAUGCAUAUUUCUUCCCAGAAGAUGGGAAGGAAGACAAUGAGAUUUAUGUUGUCUUUGGACUGAAAAAGAAUGAUAAGUUGCAGUGUGCCUACAGUGGUAGGAAAAACAGUCUCUCCACUGCCACCCUGUCUCAAGGAGUUUGUCCAGUUUUCUGAGAUCUGCCUGGAGGGGUCACGUGCAGGCCUCCUUGUUGUGUAAUGCCAUGGAUUUCAGCAGAGAUAGGACAGUGGGAGCAAGAGUGGGAUUGGACCCUGCAGCCUCUUGAUUGUUGAGUAGUGCAAUGUUAAUGUUUCCUUGGGGUCUCUCCCUUGCAGAGCACCCUGAAUUCCUGGCUCUCACUGUGAGUGCUCAACACUCACCAGCAUGACCUUUCAUUGAGCUUUUUGCCAUCUGUUUGCAAAUAUUAUUUUGAAGGGACUGAAAUGGAAAGAAAUGCAUUUUUGGAUAUGUUUCUUGGACAAGAGGCUUGCUUGGUCCUGAAGAAGCUGAUACAACUCCCUUCCGCAGACUUUUCAUUUCUGUCUGUAGAAUAACAGUCAAACAGAAUUUGUUAAUGUAAAUAAUAAAUUAUUGAGAAUCCUAAUUCUUUUACACAGUAUGUUUUUAAAAUAUAUUUUAAUGAAAUAAAAUAAAAUAUAACUCAC